UCUGCUCCUGAAAUAAUCUAGAAAGCAGUACAUUUCAGCCAUUACUUGAAUAUUUUCUCAUUUUCUUAAAUUUUUGAGAUAAUUGCAGAAUUUAUAGUUUUGUAGCUUCCAGUAAACAAGCUAAAGUGUUCCUUUUAAAUGUUAUUAAAUAUUUUGCUCUCCAAUGCUUACAGAAAUUAAGAGAGAUGGGAAAAUCUUCAUUUUUAAACUAAUGGUCCCAUAAGUGCUGCCACAUUCUCAUUAUAAAAUAUCCUUGCUUGGGAGAGCAAGUGUGGUUUUACUGAGUUGCUUACUUGUGACAUGGAAAAAGAAAUUUAGUAAUUCGUCGUAAAAUCCACACAGUGAUACUAAAAAGAGCAGCAAGAGCUAUAAACCCUAGAUAAAUUGCUCUCAUCGCAGGAAUUUCCAGUUAGUCUGCGUAUCAAGCAUACACAUAUUGAACUCUCAGAAUUUCUCCACAGGCAUGUUUUUAAAUCUGGACCAUGGUAGUACUUUAUGCAUUUUUUACUAGAACUACGGUAGCAGUGUUCUCUACAGUGUUGUCAGUUUCACACUCAUUUUGGAACACGGAAGUGUAACUGGUUGUACUUGAUUGUCAGAAAAUUAUUUAGCAGUGAAGGUUGAAAGAAAUGGGGAAGAUGACACUGUUUAGAAAUAAAGCUCAUUAAAUUUAAAUGGUAGCAUAACUUGAAAUAAAAUACAUAGUAAUUUGUGCUUUUGUUUUUAAUGAAUAAGUAAGUUGGGAAUGGAAAAUGGCCUUGGGAAAAAAGCAAAGGAGAAUGCUUAAUCUAAGACAGGUGAUUUAUUUCCUCAUAUUGUGCCUGGUCACAGUGAGUUCUAGGUAUGGUGAUUAAAAGGAAUCCUUAAAACUAUUAUUAUGCAUGUUUGGAAAGAAGUAGUGCCUCAUCUCAUUAAUAUCCACAUCUUUACUUUUGGAACUUUGGAGGAAUCGAUCAGUUUAUGAUGGAAAAAUUUAUGUAUUAGAGACUAUACCUGCUUACAUUUUAUAAUUUACUAAUUUGACAUCAAUUUAUUAAUGUUGGCAUUUUCAUUGCCAUACAGUAUCAGAUGGUUUUGGCAUCAGAUAUAUCUGGCUUCGAAUAUUAGCUCUGUCGUUGACUGGCUGUGUAACCUUGGAUAGAUGGCUUCAGCUCUCUGCGUCUCAGUUCUCACUUUGAAAAAAAUCACUAAAGUACAGAAAUCAUGAGGAUUGAAUGAGGUUAUAUAAAUGAAGUGCCUAGCGUAGUAUCUUUGUGGAUGUAAUUAUCAUUUAUUGUUCUUGUUAUUGUACUUAAAUUACACAUUUCUCACUUCGAAAACAAAAAUGUAGUUAAUCUCUGGAUAUCUUAGGAACAUCAUUUUUAAAUGGCUGUAAAAUCGUAUCAGUAUAGAUGGUAAGUUAUUUUGUUGUAGUGCUACUGUAUACCUUGACAAUCCUCCUGUUUGCUGGGUUUUAAACAAUAAUUGAACAGCAAAUUGACAAUUUUACUGGAUUAGAAAAUGCUCUCUUCCAUUAUGUUGUCCCCUAUGCUGAGACAGGAACUUUAGCCCACCUCUGUUUUAAGACUGGGUAGAGAAUAUUAGUCAGUUGAGUUACUGCUGAAUUAAGUUAACAUGGGGGUUUUACUGUGUGAACAAAUUCCUUUUUAAAGUAGGGCAAAUUGUUCAAAUCAGAAUCUAAACAAGACUCAUAUGUUAUAUUUGUUGUUAUAUCUCUGUCUUAAGUUUCUUUUAUUUAACAGCAGCAGCUGUCCUUCUCUUGUUUUUAAUCUCCUAUGCCAUUGAGUUGUUGGAUAAACUGGGUCAUUUGCCUUGUGUGUUAAAGCCCACCAAUCAAAGAUCCUCAGUAACAUACCAGCAGUCAAAGUUAAGUUUAUUGGCUUGCUGCAGGAAGGGAGAAAGCACACUAUGGGGAAUCAUGGGGCAUAUUAUUAUAGAGGUUGCUGGGCUAGAGUGAGACACCGGAAGAUCUUAGCAAGGAUUAGGCAGAAUUUCUGUACUAGGGAGUUCGUGAAGCAGUCAGGACAGUUUUGUCUUCUUACUUUGGAACAGAUAUAGAUCUGAACAUUUUAGAAAUAAGAAUUUGAACUUAGAAAAUCCAUGAUGUAUACCGUGGUUUGGUCCGGCAUAAUUUGUUCUGCAGAUUAGUGGAAUUCAUUUUAUAAGUUGUGGUUUUUGUUUCAGUUGUCAAUUCUUCCCUCACAGCUGUCAUCAGGGCUGGUUUUUAAUUUUAUGAGUACUCCCUCUGGUUACUCACCCUGAGCUGAAGGAUGGACCAUUGUCUUCUGGAGAUGUGAUCAGUCCAUAUCUGCACUGUUGUUCAGUGGGUCAUGAUCCUGUAUCAGGUGACAAUUGCAGACAGAAAAAGUAAACUCUCAAGAGAUUCAGACUACUGGGUAAUUGAUACUUGGAACAACUUAAGGAGUGUUUGAUUUAUUGGGUCAGUUGGCAACAGAAAAUGAAAAGUAGCGUGGCACAGAUAAAACAUUCUUCUGGUCAUGACAGAAGGGAAAACUGUAAUUCACAUCAGAGGACCUCCUCUCCAGAAGAGAGAUAUGCAGAACAAGAAAGGUCCCCCCGGGAGAGAGAUUACUUUAAUUACAGCAAGUCAGACAAUGAGCAUUCAAGAAGAGGACGUUCUUACGAUAGUGGCAUGGAGUCACGAAGUAGGGACCGAGAAAAACGCAGAGAAAGAGAAAGAGAUACGGAUCGGAAAAGGUCCCGGAAGUCCCCAUCACCUGGGAGAAGAAGCCCAGAACCAUCUGUAACCCAGAGUUCCUCUGCUCAGGAUGAACCUACUGCAAAGAAGAAGAAAGAUGAACUGGAUCCUCUCCUUACUCGCACUGGUGGAGCAUAUAUUCCUCCUGCAAAGCUCAGGAUGAUGCAAGAACAGAUCACAGAUAAAAGCAGCUUAGCAUACCAGAGGAUGAGCUGGGAGGCACUGAAGAAGUCAAUCAAUGGACUUAUCAACAAAGUUAACAUUUCUAACAUAGGUAUUAUUAUUCAAGAACUUCUUCAAGAAAAUAUAGUUAGAGGAAGAGGACUGCUGUCCAGGUCUGUUUUGCAAGCACAGAGCGCUUCUCCAAUCUUCACUCAUGUUUAUGCAGCACUGGUAGCAAUUAUCAACUCAAAAUUUCCACAAAUUGGAGAAUUAAUCCUCAAGAGGUUAAUUCUUAAUUUUCGGAAAGGCUAUCGAAGAAACGAUAAGCAACUUUGUCUGACCGCUUCAAAAUUUGUGGCCCAUCUUAUUAACCAAAAUGUGGCACAUGAAGUUCUAUGCUUGGAGAUGCUCACUUUGCUCCUGGAAAGACCUACAGAUGAUAGUGUUGAAGUAGCUAUUGGUUUUCUCAAGGAAUGUGGUCUCAAAUUAACAGAAGUAUCACCAAGAGGAAUUAAUGCUAUAUUUGAACGCCUUCGAAACAUUCUCCAUGAGUCUGAAAUUGACAAAAGAGUUCAGUAUAUGAUUGAAGUGAUGUUUGCAGUACGGAAGGAUGGAUUCAAGGAUCACCCAGUUAUCCUAGAAGGACUUGACCUCGUGGAAGAAGAUGAUCAGUUCACGCAUAUGCUCCCCCUGGAGGAUGACUAUAAUCCUGAAGAUGUUCUUAAUGUUUUCAAGAUGGAUCCUAAUUUUAUGGAGAACGAAGAGAAAUACAGAGCCAUUAAGAAGGAAAUUCUCGAUGAAGGAGACAGUGACUCAAACACAGACCGAGAUGUUGGAAGUAGUGAGGAGGAGGAAGAAGAGGAUGAAGAGGGAGAAGAAGAUGAAGAAGGACAAAAAGUUACUAUUCACGACAAAACAGAAAUUAAUCUGGUCUCAUUUCGUCGCACAAUUUACCUUGCUAUUCAGUCAAGUUUAGAUUUUGAAGAAUGUGCUCACAAACUGCUGAAAAUGGAGUUUCCUGAAAGUCAAACAAAAGAACUCUGCAACAUGAUACUUGACUGCUGUGCCCAGCAAAGGACAUAUGAGAAAUUUUUUGGCUUAUUAGCCGGGCGUUUUUGCAUGCUAAAAAAAGAAUACAUGGAAUCCUUUGAAAGUAUAUUCAAAGAACAAUAUGAUACCAUUCAUCGCUUGGAAACAAACAAAUUGAGAAAUGUUGCCAAGAUGUUUGCUCAUCUUUUAUACACUGAUUCGCUUCCGUGGAGUGUUCUUGAAUGUAUAAAGCUGAGUGAAGAAACCACUACAUCAUCCAGUAGAAUUUUUGUCAAAAUAUUUUUCCAGGAACUAUGUGAAUACAUGGGUCUUCCUAAACUUAAUGCAAGAUUAAAGGAUGAAACUCUGCAGCCAUUCUUUGAAGGAUUAUUACCCCGAGAUAAUCCAAGGAACACUCGGUUUGCCAUCAACUUUUUUACUUCUAUAGGUCUUGGAGGUUUAACGGAUGAGUUGCGUGAGCAUCUCAAAAAUACUCCAAAGGUCAUCGUGGCUAAGAAACCAGAUGUUGAGCAAAACAAAUCAUCCCCCUCCUCUUCCUCUUCGGCAUCCUCCUCUUCAGGGUCUGACUCCUCUGACUCUGAUUCUGACAGCAGUGAUAACAGUUCUGAAUCUUCCAGUGAAGAGAACGAUUCUUCGUCUACCAGUAGUCAUAGCUCUGCCUCAGCUAAAAAUAUAAGAAAGAAGGCACAAGGGAAGACCAGAAGUAAAGAAGUAAAUAAAUUGAUUAGGAAACAACAAACAAAUGAUAGAAAGCAAGAUGAAAGAAGACCAGAACAAAGGCACCAGGAAACAAGGACUGAGAGAGAAAGAAGGUCAGAAAAACAGAGAGAUCAAAAUUCAAGAGAUCCAAAUUGGAGAGAGGCCACUACAAAAUACACUUCAGACAGAGGUGUUCCUUCUGAACGAAAUAGUUACAGUAGGGUUGCAAAUGACAGAGACCAAGAAAUGUACAUAGAUUUGGAAAAUAAGCAUGGUGAUCCCAAAAAGAAAAGAGAAGAGAGGAGAAACUCUUUUUCUGAAAAUGAGAAGCACAGACACCGAAAUAAGGAUAGUGAAAAUUUUAGAAGAAAAGAGAGAUCAAAGUCAAGGGAAAAAAAUAGCAAACAUUCAGGCUCUAGAAGCGAUGAAAACAGGUAUCAGAAUGGUGCUGAGAGGCGAUGGGAAAAAUCUAGCAGCUACUCUGAACAAUCCAGAGAAUCAAAGAAAAAUCAGGACCGGCGAAGAGAAAAGUCUCCAACAAGGCAAAAAUAAUUCUAAAAAAUAAUAUAAACUGAACAUGCCUUACAUUCAGUUGAAACAAAAUAUUUUUUACAUUGACAUUGAUUGACGAACUUUAUGGAAAAUUCUUGUAUAAAGCACUGAUUUGUAUUUGUACAUUUAAAAAAUGUUUUCAUUUUACCACGUUUUAUAAUUGAUACAUCUCAAGCCCCUCCACAUAAACUUAUUUGAAGGGAAGAGUUUUCCAGAGAGAGAUGUAAGACUUGCUUAUAUUUUGUGAAUAAAAUGAUCAAAUGCACAUUGCAUCAGUGAUUUUUUUACAUUGACAAAAUAUUUUUUUCUCAAAAUAUGUUACCAGUUGUUUACAGUACUGCUAUUCAUACAGCCACUAAUGAAUUAGUAGUGGCUUUUUAUUUGUAACUGAAGACCAAAAUAGUUGAACCAGUUCAAUGUAACAUUUACGCUUUGUUAAUGAGAUGUUAUGAACCUUUUUUUUUUUUUUUUAACAGUAGAGGGUUUAUUGCCAGUUUCAUAUUGUGUCUUGAAAACAAAUAGGCAUGUAUAAUUUUUCUCCUAAGUGUUGCGGUGAAGCUAGGUGUAUUCGUUAUUUAAAAGAUGCACAGCUAUAUUGUUUGUAAUUAGAAUUUCUCUCAGUAACGUUUCUGGACUGCUAGAUAACAUUUAAUUGAAAUUCUUUGUGAUUAGUGCUUUUUCUCAGCCUUGAAGUUUUUUCACUGUUGGUGAAUUAAUGUGUAUUUAAUUUUUAAUUUGGAUUAAUAGGUCAUUGGAAAAGAUAUAGUCAUAAAAAAUGUGUACAGCCUAAGUGUGAAAUAAUUCCAGUUUUUUAUAAGAAUUUUAAGGGUUUCCAUCAUUGUAACUCUCAAUGAUUAAUUUUUUUUUUAUAUUUAUUACAUUUGAAAUAAAAUGUUGCCUCUGAGAUCUUAGAUUUUCUGAAAGAUAUUUAACCUUACUUACUAGAUAGACUUCUUGUGCUUGCUCAUAAAAGUACAUAAAAUUCAUAUUAGUCAAUGAGUUCAAGAAUAGGGAGACCACCGUCUUAAUAUUUGGCUCUUAAGCAUACUCUGGAGACCUGGUGGCGUAGUGGCUAACAUCUCGGCUACUAACCAGAAGGCUGGCAGUUCAAAUCCACUAGCCACUCCUUGGAAACCCUAUGGGGCAGUUCUCCUCUGUCCUAUAGGAUCAACUUAACAGCUCCUAAUAACAACAACAAGCAUACUCUGAUUCAAAAUGUUUUCUAUUUUUGUUGUUAUUUAAAAUCCUAGGUAUAAUUAACAAUAACGCCCAUGUAAAUAAAGAAAUAUUACCCCUCCCCCCAACAACAAAAAAAAGUAUUGACAAUAUGGCAGCUUGGAAAGGUUCUUACUUGUGUUCUCCCUUGUGGCAGUUAAAAGGUGGUAUCUUUAGAUGACAUCAGGACUACUAUGAGUCAGAAUCAACGGCAGUGGGUUUUUUUGGUUUAUCAUAGACAUGAGUCCUAGUGGUGUAAUGGUUAAACACUGGGCUGCUAACUCAAAGGUUGGUGGUUCAAACCCUCUCAGCGGCUCCAGGGGAGAAAGACCUGAUAAUCUGCUCCCAUAAAGACAGCCAAGAAAACCCUCCAGAGCAGUUCUGUUCUGUCACGUGGGUUCGUAUGAGUUGCAGUCAACUUGAUGCCACCUAACAACAUCAUAGACAUGGUGCAUUUCACAGAACUGUGAAAUUAGCAAAAUGGAUUUAAGGAACACAUAGGCUAUGAGCCCUAAAAGAGAUAAAUAAGAGUUUGUUUUUUUUACUGAACACUGAUAAACCAAAAAAAAAAAAAAAAAAACUCAAACCCACUGCUGUUGAUUCCGACUCAUAGCAACCCUAUAGGACAGGGUAGAAAUGCCCCAUAGGGUUUUCAAGGAGUGGCUGGUGGAUUUGAACUGCUGAUCUUUAGUUAACAUCUGAGGUCUUAACCACCACACCACCAGGGCUCCUGAACACUGAUGGGGGUUAUAAAAAAUGGACUAGAAAUUUUAGUUUAUUUUCUUCAUUUUAACCUUGUUGAUAACUUCCUUUUUAAAUGUUAAAAUGGGAAACCCUUGUCAUUGAGUACUUGAGACUUUCAGGAGUUAAUAAAGUGUAUUAUUUUUAAAAUGUAACUAAUCUUCAUUGAGUUCCUAUUAUGUGCCCAGGCCUGUCCUAGGAACUAGAGAUAAAAUAAUGAACAAAGCAGUCUCCCUUCAGAUGGAGUUUGUAUCAUAGUGGAGUGGGGAGUAAAAGAUAGUAAACAAAUAAAUGUCUAAGGUAUUAAAAAGGUAUUAGGUGGUGAUAAUCUUCUCUUAGAAGAUCCCCUUUACCCAGGUACCUGAAGGAAGUGAGGGCUCCAGCAUGUGAAUUUCUAGGGGAAGAACCUAGGCAGAAGGAAAAGUCAAUGCAUAGA